AUGGCUCCUGUAGCUUUAACAGGCCAUUUGGCAUCUAAAAUCUUACCUAAAAAUGGAUAUAUGAGCAUUGUUUACAUCAAUUCGACUCACUACAGCACCGAUGGAAAACCUAAUCUGGCCGCCUAUAAGAGGGGAACUGGUGGACGUAGUAGUUUUAAUGGUGUAGUGGCAACUGUAUUUGGAUGUACAGGAUUUGUAGGCCGCUAUUUGUGUAACAAACUUGGCAAAGUUGGUACUCAGAUGAUUUUGCCUUAUAGAGGUGAUUUCUAUGAUGCUCAAAGACUAAAAGUUUGUGGAGAUCUUGGUCAAGUUUUGUUUACACCAUAUGAUUUGCGUGAUGAGGAAUCUAUUGCAAAGGCAGUGCGUUAUUCUAAUGUUGUUGUUAAUCUUGUUGGUCGUGACUAUGAAACUAAAAAUUUCAAGUUUCAUGAUGUAAAUGUAGAAGGAGCUAGGCGUCUUGCUAGAAUUAGCAGGGAGAUGGGUGUUGAGAGAUUUAUUCAUUUAUCUUAUUUGAAUGCUGAAGAGCACCCUACACCUCUAGUGAUGAGGAAACCAUCUAUGUGGAAAAUUACCAAGUAUUUGGGAGAACAAGCUGUCAAGGAAGAGUUUCCCACUGCUACAAUCAUACGAGCUUCUGAUAUUUACGGUUCAGAAGAUAGAUUUGUGCGAUCCUUUGCUCAUGUCCUGCGCAUUCACAGCCAGAUAUUGUCUCUAUACAAGAAAGGGGAAGAAACAAUCAAACAGCCUGUGUUUGUUUCGGAUGUAGUGCAAGGCAUUAUCAAUGCAGCACGUGAUCCUGACACUAAAUGCCAAGUUUAUCAAGCUAUUGGACCUAAAAGAUAUUUAUUGCGUGAUCUUGUCACCUGGUUCUACCAGCUAAUGCGUAAAGACGAAAAUUGGGGCUUUAAGAUUAUGGACAUGAAGUAUGAUCCUCUUCUUCCUCUGAAAGUGAUUGCUAUUAAUAUGGUAUCUCCCGCAUACCCACUCGGAAAUUUGUCCUGGGAAAGUCUGGAAAGGGAAGCAACUACAGACAGGCCCGUGAAAGGGCUGCCUACUCUUGAAGAUUUGGGCGUCACUCUUACAAAUAUGGAAGACCAGGUCCCAUGGGAAUUGAGGCCAUAUCGUGCAUACCAGUACUACAUGGACAAGAUUGGUGAAUUCCCGGCACCUCCACCACCAAAAGUCCAACCAGCAAUUGUA